CAGUCAAAUUACCAGGUAGUUGACCUCAAAUAAGAUGGUAAUAAUGAUUGGUACUACUUGGUACUUAAUUAAAAAAUAUUUAAUUAGUAACAUUUGGAUGAUAUGUCACUGUUAGUGAGGUACUGAAUCACUUCAAUAAUACAUCCUGUUCAAUACAUCCUCUCUCAGCGAAAAUUACACAUUCAGGUCAAGAAAACUGUGGUUUACUAGGAUUGGAGAGAUUGUUCAUCAGAAGAAGUGUUUGUGCUCUGUAGUUUUGUUUUUACUUGGGUGUAGAGCGGAUGCUAAACUGAUCUUUAUCUCUGAUGCUCCAGAAAGGUUGAAUCAAACAGAAGAAAACAGGUCAGAGCCUGUCAUGGAAUGAAAACACGAACAUUGCAUGUUACAGUAAAAACUGCAAAACUCACUAUAACAUUGCUUUUUAUAGGACAUUGUGAAACUACUUAAGUGGAUCUAAUUGCAUGCACAGAGGUUUGUCAAAAACGGUGACAACUGUAUAUUCCAUUAUAAACUGUCUCAAUCAUAUUUCAAAUGUUAUCUUAACUUACCCAAAGCUACAGCCUUGUCAUAAAAACAUAAUUGAACACACAGUUGCUUUGCAUAGCAGUUGAAUAGCCUCAGUGAACUGUUUACAAUGGCAAAUGAGGUAGAAUUGGACUUAGAGAGCAGCAGAGUGGUAUUGCAAUACAUCAGAGGAAGUCACACCCCGAGUAAACCCUGAAGGCAUUGUAGAGAAUGAGAUUGCACUCAUUUGUGUUUGGCUUUCUCCAGAUAUAGUUCAGACACUUAUUACCAUAGCCAUCAGAAGACUGAUUCAACAGGGUUCACUGGACUGGCGACAAGUAUGCAACAGUAUUGGACCACAGAGAGAGGUCUCACUGGAGGCACAGGCAAUACGAGUCUGGAAUCAGAGGUGAGGAAUCUGACGUGCGAUUGUCCCAUUGACAGCUUCAAACGCAGCGUGUUUCCUGCUGCAUACCUGCUCUUCUUCUUCCUGGGUCUGAUUGCCAACAGUGCCUCCCUCUGGGUCUUUCUCAGCAUGUACAGGAGGAAGAGGAGCAUCACCACAGUCAACCUGUACAUGUUGAACCUGCUGUUGUCUGACCUCAUGCUGGUGUGCUCACUGCCACUCAGGGCAGCAUACUACCUGCUGGACUCCCAUUGGCCGUUUGGGGACAUCACCUGCCGCCUGGUCUCCUACGUAUUCUAUAUCAACAUGUAUGGCUCUGUCUACUUCCUGCUGGCCCUGAGUGUCCUCCGUUACCUGGCCGUAUCGCGCCCCUAUACGUUCAUGAAUCUGGAGGGGGGAUCCUGUGGUUGGGGAGGGUGUCUACUCAUCUGGAUCUUUGUGUCCCUGGCCUCCGCACCCCUACUGAGUUCUGGGACUAUCCAGGAGGGGGAAGAGCGGACCCGCUGUCUGGAAUUGGGCAGCAGCCUUGGCACCAUCAUCGUCCUGAACCGUGCUGCCCUGGUGGUUGGCUUCAUCCUGCCCUUCACUGUCAUCUCUGUCUGCUACGUGUGUGUGCUGCUCAGCCUGAGGCAGUGUAGGGCUGGGGUGGAGGGGAUGAAGAGGCCAUCCAGGAGGAAGUCUUGUGCCCUCGUUAUCCUUGGUCUCGGCAUCUUCAUGAUCUGCUUCUUGCCCUAUCAUGUAGUACGAACCUUCUUCCUGGCAGCAGAGCGGAAUGCUCAGCUAAAUGGUUGUGAGGAUUCUUGCAGCUAUCUCCAGGUGAUUCGGAAGGCCGCCGUGGUAACGCUCUGUCUUGCAGCAGGGAACAGCUGCCUGGACCCCUUCCUUUUCUUCUUUGUGGGAGAAAACUUCAGAGAUUUCUGUAUGAAAAAUGGUAGGAGACAGAGGAGAGUUGUUAACAACACAGAGAGACAUAGGCUUCAAGUGCUUCAGCCCAUUGAAUUAACAGUAAAUUGAUCAACUUUACACUUUUUUUUAAACAUACCAACAAUUUUGCAUUCACUUUUACAUCCAAUGUUUUUUAAUUUUUUACAUUUGCUUAUCUGGUAUUGCAUUAUGAACUUUUGUUAGGGGUUGUGUCAG